AUGACCUGUCUUGUUUUGUGUUUCACUCAGUCGAAUAUGAAUAUGAAUGCAUUGGAAUGUCUACAAUUCCAUAAUUUCCCAUACAUUAUAUACCGUGGUUCAGAUGGUGAAUAUAUAAAGCCACGACAGAUUAUUGAACAUCCAGAUGGAUCGCGUACAAUUAUCCUUGGUGAUGUAAGUGAAAUUCCAUAUCAUUAUCGACAUGGAUAUUAUUGUGGAUGUGGUUACGGUUUUGGUGAUGCAGGUUUAUUAGGUUUAGCAGCUGGUAGACUCAUGUGGUCUCCUUUCUUAUGGUUCCCAUAUUUCUGGUGUUAA